AUGACUAAUAACGAUUUCAAUUUAGAUGUUAUAUCUAUAAGUUCCACAGAUAGCGUGUUUGUUAAAAAUAAUAUUAAACAUACAAACAGUGUACCUAAUUUUGAUAGUAAUAUUGCCAAAUCUUCUGCAGACGAUGUAGCAAAUAUUAAUAUAGAGACAGAAAAUCAAAACGCUGAUGCACUAAACAUAAAACAUGACUUAGACGAUAAAUCUGAUAAUUGUAGUUACCAUUCGUCAGAUUUUGAAUUCAUUACUGAGGAAGAAGCAAAUAUUGAGGGUUUAAUAAUAAACUUUAGACCCAAAACUGUCAAUAAUGUAAAACAACCAGAAAAAGCUAAUCUCAAUGCUUCUAGUCAUUUUUCUAGAUUUUAUUUGCCUGGUACAUCACAAUAUGACAAUAAUUUCAACUACAGAGAGAAUCACGCUAUACCCGAAGGUGAUGAUUAUUUGAACCUAUUUCAAGGCAUAUUCGCGCCAGCACUUACUCCAUUACAUUUAUUGGAAAACAAAUCAUUUCGCUCUACUCGCAUGAAUGUACAGUUUGAAGGUAUUGGCUUCGACAUGAAAGUAUUGAAUAAAAAAAAUAUGGAGGACCAGAAAGAUGUAGCUUUUAAAGAAGAAGCAGAGGAAUGUGCUAGAAAAAUUUUAGAAAUGUACCCGGAAGAUAAUAGAAAACGCAGACGCCAAUUUUGA